AAUGUGCUAUUGCUGAGGCGGAAACGUUACCAAAACAGACUAUUAAAUAGAGUAGAUUACUCAUUAUCAAAGAUGUAUUUUGUUUUUGAAUAGUUAACCUCAUUGACCAUGAAGUUGGUUCAUAAAGACAUCGAGAAGGAUAAUGCCGGUCAGGUGACACUAAUACCUGACGAAGCAGAGGAUAUGUGGCACACCUACAACCUACUGCAGGUGGGCGACAGCCUCAGAGCUUCAACCAUCAGGAAAGUGCAGACAGAGUCUUCCACGGGCAGUGUGGGCAGUUCACGUGUGCGCACCACAUUGACUCUUUGUGUGGAAACCAUAGACUUUGAUUCCCAAGCCUGCCAGCUCAGAGUCAAAGGAACAAACAUCCAGGAGAACCAAUAUGUGAAGAUGGGUGCCUAUCAUACCAUAGAGCUGGAGCUCAACAGGAAGUUUACCCUCGCCAAAAAAGUCUGGGACAGCGUGGUGUUGGACAGAAUUGAGCAGGCAUGUGAUCCUGCUCAGAAAGCAGAUGUGGCCGCUGUCGUGAUGCAGGAAGGUCUGGCCAAUCUGGUUCUUGUGACUCCAGCCAUGACCUUACUAAGGGCGAAGGUUGAGGUCACCAUCCCUCGCAAGAGGAAAGGCAGUUGCACUCAACAUGACAAGGCAUUGGAGCGAUUUUAUGAGGCUGUAAUGCAGGGCAUUCUGAGACACUUCAACUUUGAUGUGGUGAAGUGUAUUCUGGUGGCCAGUCCAGGUUUUGUGAAAGAUCAGUUCAUCUCGUACCUCUUUAAAGAGGCUGUGAGACAAGACUGCAAACUUCUUUUGGAGAACAGAUCCAAGUUCAUGGUGGUUCAUUCCUCGUCCGGACACAAGUAUUCUCUCAAAGAGGUGCUGUGUGAUCCAGCAGUCACGGCUCGAUUAUCUGACACCAAGGCAGCUGGAGAGGUCAAGGCUUUGGAGGACUUUUACAAGAUGCUUCAACAGGAGCCGGAUCGAGCUUUCUACGGGUUGGCUCAUGUGGAAAGAGCAAGUGAAGCUUUGGCCAUUGAUAUCCUGCUGAUCAGUGACACACUAUUCAGACAUCAAGAUGUUGCCACCCGUGGCCGGUAUGUCCGGCUUGUGGACAACGUGAAAGAAAAUGGAGGAACUGUCAGAAUAUUCUCAAGCCUGCACGUGUCUGGAGAACAGUUGAAUCAGCUGAGUGGAGUGGCAGCCAUCUUGAGGUUUCCCAUCGCUGACGUAUCUGAGCCUGAAGAGAACAGCAGCUCUGACGAAGACUGACACUAAAUGUGCGCAAGGAUUUGAGAAGAAAGGUCACAAGUGCAUUACAUUUUGGACUAAACGAAAUGAAAAUGCAUCAUGGUCUUAAUAAAGGAUUUAAAACCA